GAGCGUUUGUUUCCACACGAACACGUUAUCGCGUCUUGUCGUCGUUGCGUAGCGGAGAUGGCAGCGCUCCGAACGGCACUCAAUGGACGACUGGUCCAGGCCCUCCCCUUGUCCUUCGGCUCGACGCGGUCCGCCAGUUCCUUUAAGGCGUCGGACCUCGUCGUCGAACGCAACACGGCAUGCAAGCCCAAGCCCGACCCCGCCACCCUGGUGUUCGGCAAGCAGUUCUCCGACCACAUGUUGACCAUCAACUGGUCGGCGGCGGACGGCUGGGAGACGCCGCACAUCAAACCGUUCCAGAACCUGUCGCUGCACCCGGCCAGCUCCGCGCUGCACUACUCCAUCGAGCUGUUUGAAGGCAUGAAGGCGUUCCGCGGCGAGGACAACCACAUCCGCCUGUUCAGACCCAUGCUGAACAUGGAGAGGAUGCUUCGCAGCGCCGACAGGAGCAGCCUCCCUCUGUUCGAUAAAGAAGAACUGCUCAAGUGCAUCAAGAAGCUGGUGGAGGUGGACCAGGAGUGGGUCCCCUUCUCCCAGGACGCAAGCCUCUACAUCCGACCCACCUUCAUAGGGACUGAGCCGUCGCUCGGCGUGUCUCCUACGACUCAAGCGAUGAUCUUCGUGAUCGUCGGCCCGGUGGGGCCGUACUUCGCCACCGGGUCCUUCAACCCCAUUUCCCUGCUGGCGGACCCCUCGUUCGUCAGGGCUUGGAAAGGCGGCGUCGGCGCCUACAAGAUGGGAGGUAACUACGGUCCCACGAUAGCCGUGCAGAGCGAGGCGGUGAAGCGAGGCUGCCAGCAGGUCCUGUGGCUGUACGGAGAGCAGGAGGAGAUCACCGAGGUCGGCACCAUGAACCUCUUCAUCUACUGGACCAAUGAGAAAGGAGAGAAAGAGCUGUUCACGCCUCCUCUGGACGGCAUCAUCCUCCCGGGAGUCACCAGACAGUCUCUGCUGGACUUGGCCAGAACCUGGGGCGAGUUUAAGGUGACAGAGCGCACGAUGAGCAUGAAGGAGCUUCUGGGGGCUCUGGACGCCGGGAGGAUCCUGGAGGUGUUCGGGGCCGGGACGGCCUGCGUCGUGUGUCCCGUCGGCAGUCUCCUCUACAGAGAAGAGAGCUACCAGAUCCCCACCAUGCAGAACGGUCCGGACCUGGCAAAGCGGUUCCACAAGGAGCUCACCGACAUUCAGUACGGACGCACGGCGAGCGACUGGGCACCGCUGGUCGUUUAACGGCGAUAUUGCCCAUGCCAGUUGAAUCAACAGUUAGGCUCACGAUUCCAGUUUGGACGACCAGCAGCCCCCCCCCCCCCCUUCCCCCCUCCCCCCUCCCACACUCUAAAUCCACUAAUCCUCACAGGAUGCCUCUCCGUCUGUCUCCUCAUCCGACCUUUCCUUGUUUCCUUUUCUGCGUGGACGUCUCAUAGGACUCCGGUUGGUGGUUUGAAUGUAACGGCUUGCUUUUGGGAAGCAAUAAUAAUAAUAACAACAACAACAACCAUAUGCAAUGUUUUGCUCUGACGCAACCUUUAACCCCCGAGGUUUGUGUGUCGUUGGAAAGGUGAUGGCCAGAUGAUUAAAACAUAAAGAUGUGAUAUUUUGUAUAUUGCACACAUUCAAAAGUCAAUUGGGUCAAUUUGCACCAAAAAAAGAAUACACUCCACUCAUGUGUUUGACCUCAUACUCACUCCUUGUGAGGACAGUGCUUAUUUUAACCAUUCAUAAUAUUACAAAAUUUAUUUUUAGAAAUAUUUUGCACUAUUAAAGUAGCUAGCUAUAUAUAUAUAUAUAUAUAUAUAUAUAUAUAUAUAUAUAUAUAUAUAUAUAUAUAUAUAUAUAUUCUCCAUGUUUAGGACCGAAAUAUAUUCCACAAAAAGAUAAACGACGUAUAUUAACCUGCACUAUUUGCAACGAGCCGUUUUGUGUUUUCCUCUAAAAAAAAAAACUUUAACUGUUACUGUUACACGCUGGAAGUCUCUCCUGCACUGAUUUUGGGUGUGUGAUCACUAUGGAAACGAUGAAACGCAUAGUACUCUUAUUUUAGAGUGUUUUAAACUGUAUUUCUCGUCACCUUGAUGUAAGAUUAGAAUUGUCUUCCAAAGUCUUUAAGUUGUUGUUGUUUUUCUAGGCGUGACGAAUGCAUUUCUUUUCCUCCUCUUAUUCCUCUCUUCUAAGUGCCUGACCCCUCGGUCUGUCAGCCCGGCGUUCUCUGGAUCUUUUGCUGCUGUUCUUAUUAUUUUGUCCAGUGUGUGUGGCGUGCACAAAGCGUAGUGGUUUUUAAAAUGUGCUGUUACGUUAACUCGGCUGUAAUGUUUUUACAAUAAACGUGAUCGGACUUCA